AGUCUUACCUGCCGCCAGCGCCAUCUAAAAUGCGAUAAGACUGGAACCGAAUGUCUGCGUUGUCAACGAUCUGGGCGGCAGUGUGUUCCGGCGCCAGUAAAACCAGAAGAAGUUACUUUCCGACACGGACAGAACCCUUCGUUGCGACCCAAAGGCCCCCCACGCUAUGGGGAAAGCGAUCUAGCGUUUCCUGAUGAUCAGAUCUGGGUUGAUAUGCCCCCUGAAGUUGCCUUUGAGGACGAAACCGAUCGUACAGCGGCCGAUUACCACGUUCUUGCGGCAGGGACGUCAUCUUUGUCCAUAAGAGAAGCCUCUGAGGGCCAAACCCCGGCAUCUGGGACGCUGGGUUCCCCUGAACUGCGUGUUGACGCGAUGUUCUCCCUACCUCCGGUGAUGAGCGAUCGUCAAAAGCUCAGCAACUUCAACGAAUCCUUUCUCCUCCGGCAUUUCCAAAAGACGCUCGGUGCAUGGCUGGACGCCUGCGAUUACGAGCGGCACUUUUCGGUAGAUGUCCUUGAACGCGCGCCAUCGUGUCCACUCCUAUUAUACGCAUGCCUGGCCAUCGCUGCGCGUCAUCUCUCCCACACUACCAACUCGAUUCCGGCGAAUGCCGCAGAUGGGUAUCACGAGCGAUGCAUAUCCAUCCUUCUUCCUGUCCUAGAGAAUCGUGGCUUUGAGACCAGCAUCGAGAUUCUCCUUGCGUCCACUGUGAUCCUGCGGUUUUUCGAGCAAAUAUCGUCCCAUGACCCAGCUAGUGAUCUUCAGCGACACCUGCUAGCCGGUUCUGUCUACAUUGGCUCUCAAGUCGACUGUGCCACUUCUGGCGGACUGGCCGAAGCAUCGUUCUGGGUAUUCGUUAUGCAGGAUAUCCAGUUUGCACUAGCAUGUCGCAAGCCCAUGCGUCUGACUUUCUCCCCGUUCGAGGAACGUCUCCAACAGAUGUGGGGACAUAAAGCCCCUUUGACCGACCGGGACUGGGCGCACAAGGCGAUUUGGCUACUGGCUGAAACGAUCAACUACUGUUACAAGGCAAACCAAGUGCCCAUGAGCCCGACAGCAUUGAAACAGAAGAUCUCCUUGUGGGAAACCGGCCGGCCCGAGACUUUCCAGCCGUUGCAUUUUGCCCAGGCAAAUCAUGGGGUGGGAAGGCCAUUUCCGGUGGUGUGGUUCACGAAUCCCUGCCAUGCCAUUGCUGUGCAACAUAUAUGCAUGGCCAAGACGUUGAUCCACGAGUUUGAAUUGCGGAGUUUGUAUAUGACACCAGGAUCGGGUUCUGAUACUAAGAUGAUUGAGAACAAUAUUCUCAAAUACCUAGACAUCCUGUUCGGCAUCGCCUUAUCUACAGAUGACGAACCAUCUUUGAGAAUCAUGGCAUGCCAUGCGCUCUGUGCCUGUGGAACCUGGAUCCGGAGUCCCCUCGCGCAGAACUGUCUCCUAGACCUCCUCCGACGAACACAAACGGAAAACGGAUGGCCGUGGACAUUCGUGGUGCAGAAACUCAGCAGCGACUGGAGCCACACUACAACGUAG